UCCAGGGCUGUGCUGGUUUCAUUGUCAUCUCUCUCCUCUUCACUCGCAGUACGCUUGUUUCCCUGAACAUGGUCGCUCUCAGAGGACUUUAUCACAGGUUCUCCCACCUGGCAAAAGUGGCAGCACAGAAGCAGUUCAGGAAAUAUGAGAAAUGUUGCACAAUAACCGCUGGCAUCAGGGCGGACAACAAGAGCCAGGCAGUGUCAGAUGGAGAGUUGAACAUGACUGCACGAGGCUGUGGAGGCAGCAGCUCCAGCCUUCCAGGGACUCCGGGCGGAGAGGCUGGCCCAGCUAACAGCGUGCUGAGCUGGGCCGUCUCCUUUGAGAAGCUAUUGGAGGACCCUUAUGGAGUCCAUCACUUUACGGCUUUCUUGAAGUCUGAGGUGAGUGCGGAGAACAUUUUAUUCUGGCAGGCUUGUGAAAAGUUCAGGAAGAUCCCAGCCACCUCUUUGAAUGAGCUGAAAGCAGCGGCUCGCUCCAUCUACAACACCUACCUGUCAGACAGCGCUCCCUAUUCGGUCAACAUCGAUGACACAGCCAAGACGGAGGAGAAGGACCUGGAACAGCCCACACCUGACAUGUUCAACAAGGCUCAAGCUCAGAUAUUUAAACUGAUGAAGAUGGACAGCUACAGGCGUUUUGUACGCUCCCCUCUGUACCAGAGCUGCACCUUGGGUAAUAUAGAAGGCAAAGUUCUCCCUCAGCCGAACCGCUUGGGAUCAUGGGAGGACGUGGCCACCAGAAGCCCCUCGUUAAGUGAGAAGAAGAACAAAAUUUCAGACACUCACAGCUUGCCAGGUGGCAAGAGUGCUUCGGAGAAACAGCGACAGAAAAGAGGAUCCUGGGGAGAGUUGCAUAUGUCGGUCAAGUCAAGCAGCAGUGUGGAGCUCGGCUCCCUCUACAGGCAGAUAGAGAAUGGCAGAUCAAGUCCCCGGUCUCCAGAGCAGGGAGGUGGGGGUCGGAUAGGGAUGCAGGGGGGCUACUGCUGUGUCUACCUACCUGAUGGCAGUGCGUCCCUGGCACCCACUUGUAAUGGUCAACCCAUCAAAGACAUGCUGGCCAGUCUGUGUGAGAAGAGAGGCUUCCCGUUGAAAGAUGUCAUCAUCUACCUUCAUGGCAAGGAUAAGCAGCCCUUAUCGUUGGACCAGGACUGCUCCGUACUGAGGGAUCAGCAGGUCUCUCUAGAGCUCAGGGUGACGUUUGCGCUGGAGAUUGCCUUCACUGGUAAGACAGUGGGGAUCAUGGUGAAGUCCAGUAAGACACUGCAGGAUGCCCUCUCUGCCGUUCUACAGAAACACCAUCUCAAGCUGCAAGAGGCCUUAGUCACCAUGGUUGGAAGCGACGAGCCCUUGAACAUGAACAGCACUGUUUUCAGACUGGCCAAUAAGACGCUACGGCUUGACAGAACCAAAGGAAAAGACAUGUCCAGAGGAAGUGGUACAGCUGCAGCAACACAGGCAGGAGCCGUGAGUGCAGGGGGUCUGGAAGCCAGAUCAUCGCUGCAGAUGGACAGAGCCAAGACUCAGCCCAAGCCCAGUAAGAACCGCGACAUGGAUGGGUUUCUGGACAUGCUGACGAGGGCUCAGUGCUGCAGGGUUGAUGACCAGCGAGGCCUUUUGACCAAAGAGCAGCUGGAGAUCCCUCUGUUCCUUCAGCAGGGGCAGGACACAGAGCCAGACAAGCCCAGCACCACCAGCUCCUCCACUGCAGACUCCAAAGAGGACAAAGAAGACAAGACGUCAUUAAGUCCAAGUUCAGCUGGAGCAGUGGAGAAAACCUCAGACUCUUCUCAAUCUGAGCCCAAAGACUUGAGGGAAACAGCAGUUUGAAAGACGUCUGUGUGUGUGUGUGGGGUGGACACAGACAUGAAAACUACAACAUCUCCCGACAUCAUGUUACCGGACAAAGACAAAAAGUAAUUUUUUAGUGAAAAAUGGUAAAGCACUUUUUUUUUUUUAUAAUUGUUUACAAAUAAGCUCUGAGUCUGCAGUGUGUUACCAUCUCUGCUACUCAUAAUUUCCCACUAAAGGCAGUAUGUAAAGAAGAAAGACCAUGGCAAGCAUUUAUAGUGUCAUUUCAAAACACUACUACUUAAUGGGGAAAAAUGUUUGCUAUGAAUUGUUUAAUGUAUCCGAAAAUGUUUGAAAAGAAGUUUUAGCUCAACCUGAAGCGAAUGUGUUUGCUUUAGUGUUCCCUGAUGUUUAAUGAUGUACAGUUUGCUUUUAUUUCCCAAAAUCUCACAUUGCUUUUCUUUGAACUCUAAGCAAAAACAUGUUUCUUCACAGGACUGUCC